AUGGAAGAAAUAUGCAUGGCGGAUCGAAUAUCAGAUUCAAGUUAUGAUGGCAAAGUCGAAGAAGCGAGUGUCGCUAUGAAAAUGGAUGCAAAAUCUAUGAACCAGCUCUCUUCUUCCGGAAAGGCCGCGCAGCAAAAGAGAGGUGGAAAGGCAAUAGCAAGUCUCCAGGCCGCAGCAGAGCAAUUGAAGAAGGACGAAAACAACAGCCAGGGACAAAGUCUAAACCAACCAAGAUAA